CUUGCUGCUUACUUGUGUUAAGGCACAAUGGCUGACCCCUACCAAAACAACCUGUACCACCACGGUGCUGGUGAUGCCUAUGGGACCUAUGGAGAAGGUGGAGGCCAUGAAGGAUAUGGUUAUCAAGCAGACUAUCCACCUCAUGAAGAGGAUGCAGCUAGUGAUGUGACUGAAGGCCACGAUGAAGAAGAUCAGAUGUAUGAAGGAGAAUAUCAAGGGAUACCACACCCUGACGAGGUGAAGGCUGCACAGAGAGCAGCACGGGCUAAGGCUCAGGCUGCUGGCACUGCUGUUUCUGCAUUAGAGGAGUUAUCUGAACAGUAUGAAGACAUCAUGGAGGACUGUGGCCACGGGAGGUUCCAGUGGACGCUCUUCAUGGUGCUGGGUUUGGCUCUGAUGGCUGAUGGAGUCGAAUGUUUUGUGGUUGCAUUUGUGUUGCCAUCUGCAGAGAAGGAUCUCUGUCUGUCCAAUGCAGAAAAAGGAAUGUUAGGUCUGAUCGUUUUUCUCAGCAUGAUGUUGGGAGCCUUCAUAUGGGGAGGCCUGGCAGACAAAGUUGGCCGGAGACGCUGCCUCAUUGUGGCCUUAACUAUUAACUGUGUCUUUGUCUUCCUCUCAUCGUUCGCCCAGAGCUACGGCUUCUUCCUCUUCUUCAGGCUCCUGUCUGGCAUUGGGAUCGGAGGGUCUGUGCCGAUUGUGUACUCAUACUUCUCAGAGUUUCUUCAGAUGGGAAAGAGAGGAGAGCACCUGUCCUGGCUGUGUAUGUUCUGGAUGAUUGGUGGAAUCUACGCCUCCUUCACAGCCUGGGGAAUUAUACCAAGAUAUGGUUGGGGUUUCAGUAUGGGUACGGAGUUCCAGUUAAACAGCUGGCGGCUGUUUGUUCUGGUUGCAGCUCUUCCCACCAUCACCUCUCUCAUCGGACUCACAUUCAUGCCUGAGAGCCCUCGCUUUCUCCUUGAGAAUGCCAAACAUGACGAAGCAUGGAUAAUCCUGAAACAUGUCCAUGACACAAACUGGAGAGCCAAAGGGCAGCCAGAGAAAGUCUUCACUGUGACCCACAUCAAGGCUCCUAAGACGGCAGAGGACGAGUUUAUUGAGAUUCAGAAUGCGACUGGAACUCCUGUCCAGCGUUGGGCUGUCCGCUCACUGACACUGUGCAAACUGGUGCUGAGGAAUGUGGCAUCUCUUCUGUCUGCUGAGCUGAGGAUAGCUACACUCUUCUUGGCCAUCAUCUGGUUCUGCAUGGCUUUCAGCUACUAUGGUCUGUCAGUGUGGUUUCCAGAUAUGAUCAAACACCUGCAGUACGAGGAGUACGAGUCCAAAGUCAAGGUGUUUCAUAAAGAACGAGUGGAGAACUUCAAUUUCAACUUUUCUUUGGAAAACCAGAUCCACAAAGAAGGGCAGUACAUCAACAACAAGUUCAUCAGUAUAGAAAUGAAGUCAGUGAAGUUUGAGGACUCAUUGUUUGAAGACUGUCGAUUUGAGGAUAUCAAGUCAACUGACACAGUAUUUGAGAACUGCACCAUCCACUCCACGGUCUUCUAUAACACAGAUCUGUGGGAGGAGAAAUUCAUAGACUGUAAAUUGGAAAACACUAGCUUCGAGCACAACAAACACGGCUGCCAUCUGGACACUUUGGAGGAAAACGAUGUUCUUAUUUACUUGGUCAGCUUUCUGGGGUGCCUCGCCGUGUUACCUGGCAACAUCAUCUCUGCCCUCUUCAUGGACAAGAUCGGCAGAGUCAAAAUCAUAGGGGGCUCGAUGCUCAUCUCAGCAGGCUGCACGUUCUUCCUUUUUCUGAGCUUCAGCCAAUCAGCAAUCAUUGCCUUACAGUGCUUAUUUUGUGGCAUUGCCGUGGCUGCAUGGAACGGCAUAGAGGUGGUGACCGUGGAACUCUAUCCUGCUUCCAAAAGGGCCACGGCGUUCGGAGUGCUGAACGCUCUGUGUAAGUUGGCGGCCGUACUGGGCAGCUCGAUUUUCGCCAGCUUCGUCGGCAUCACCAUGGCCAUCCCCAUUCUUCUGUCCUUUGGUGCGCUGGUGUGUGGUGGUCUGGUGGCGCUCAAACUACCUGACACACGAGAGAAAAUCCUGCAGUGAGCUCAUGUGGAGGCCGGAAGGUGAGGGAGAGGACAAACCCAGAGCCUGGGAGAA